AUGGGCAUCCUGAGGGUUCUAGUCAACACUAUGGGUAGGGUCAGCACCUUCAGGUUCUAUCAGUUUGUCCUGCUCCUCGCAGCAGCUCUGGCUGUUGUAGCCUUCUACUACUUUGGCUCGGAGAGGCAUGAUUUCUCAAGCACCACCAAGCGCAUCAAGCAGACCCAGGCCAGCCAAAACGCCAACCGGAACGACGCAGACCUUUCUCUGGACACCAGGCUGCUGCACACUGAGGGAGGAGAGGAGGAGAAGGAGGGAGAUGUGGAGGAGGGCGAAGGCAGGGCUAGGAGGGCGGUCAGUGGGGCAGACAGUGGACCCGAGGUCAGCCAGUACUACCAUGCCCUCAUGAUGUUCACCAAGGUUGACAAGAGCCGGAGCCUUCAGGAGAAGUUCCGGGUGGCCAUGUUAUCCAUGGCGAAAUACGGUCUCUUCCUGGACGAAGAGGUGCUGGUCCUUCAUUUUGUGAGCGACGAGGCCAGCCGAGAGCUGGGCGAGAGGAUGCUCCCGGAGCUGCUCCUCGACGCAACGUUUCAGCAUGAGGCAAGUCUGUUUGGAGCCCUGAUGCAUUUCUUACCAGGAUUACCACUUACCGGUCAGUGUAUAUGUGCUUGUGUUACAUGGCAUGUUAGUCCUAAAGUGUGAUGACCUGAGUUUAAUCCUUAAUAAGAGGCUUAAUCCCAAACCUGGCAAACACAGGCCCUGCUUGCAUGAGUACACUGGCUGGAGAGUGCAGCAAUGCACUGAGUGAACUGUUUUGUUCUUUAACACAGAGGGGCAGUGUUGCCCUUCCAAAACUUCUUACAGUUUAGAAAUCUUCUGGUUUUUUUCAACCAAUGGGAGGAUUAUGCUGUAUCUAAAAUAGUAAAUGCAUGGUCUUGAUGCAUGUUCAGAAUGUCUUCACUGACAGAACUAACUAAACCCUGUACCUGAAGAGUAUGUGACUGUCUGAUCUCAAACCUGCGUAGAGCAAAACAUGGCAGACUUUCUGCCAUAGAAGUUUGACCUCUGAUUCCUGACUAGCAAUUCCUCUGUCUUCCCCUCUCUAUUUGCAUGAUAUGAGUACAGUUUGUUACAGUAAGGGAAUCCCCUCCCCUCUUGUCUGCAUCACAGAGCAUGAGAUAACAAACUUGUUUACAAGUUGUUUAUCCCCCUCAAAUGAAAAUAAAUCCUCCCUCGCCAGCCAGGCACGUCCCCGGUAACAUAUUAUCAUCUGAUGGGGGAUGUUGAGGCACUGCAUUAGCUUAGUCUGAUCCUCUGCCUUGGAUUGAGUGGCAGUUUGCUCAGUUUAGCAGUUUGCUCAGCUUAGCAUCUUAGGCGGCUCAGAGCCAGAGGGACAGAUUACUCCCUCUUCAACUAAUGCUCCUCUCCCUCGCUCCCAACCGAACCCUGCUCCAGCCCCUUUGGCCAGGCACAACAGGGUAAUGCUAUAUAAUGAGGACUUGACAGGCCGUGACAUCCAGUUUAUGCCUCUGCGCUCCUGUCAGCCCCUGCCAUGGGAUGCAGCAGCACUCAGAUGAGUAAAGCUUUACUGAACAUCCAGGGCCCACUGAACACACACAAACACAUCCUGUACAGUCACUAAUGGGAUGGAGCUUCCUGGGGCUGGCCGUGAACUGCGAUGGCCUGUGAGCAUGUUGACAUGCUUUUCAGCAGAUCCUCACCUAAUUUCUUUAAUUAUUUAUCUCUCAGGAGCGCCAACACAGGACAGUGGUUAUGUAACCCUGCUGUUACUUUUUAGUGACAAAACACUGUCUGAGACCCCUGUGAAACCAGCGCAAACAGCCCAUACAACUCCACUGCCGGGGGCCGUGCUCGUUACAGCAUCUCUGACCCACACUCACACGUGCAUGUAUGAGUUACACACUAACAAGUGCGUGUAUAUGCUUGCGUGGGGCCUUGUUGACAGAGUAGCCCAUAUGCUCUGAAGGAAAACAUUGUUUCUGUUGUUAUUUCCCAGUCCCAUGGAUGCUGCCCACAUUGCUUAUGAUUUGUUAGGCAAUAGGUACAAGCAUGGGACAGGACAUGGGGCUUUCCACGAAAUCUGUGGUUGCUUGUACUGCAGGCUCAUGACGUAGAGGGGUGACAGUCUGUGACCCUAGUCCCCCUGUUCAGUGGACUGAAGUCUUUGGCGAGCCAGCCAGGAAAAGCUGAAAGGAAGCUUUUCUCAAUGUGGGCUUCCCUUCUCAAACCAGUGAACCAAAUACCUGCACAAAUUCAGUUCUUAUUAACUUGUUUGUAUCUAACACUUUGAUUCUUGUGUUUUUGUAUGUUUUAUUUUGACUGUACUGUAUCCAGUUAAUGUUAGCUAGGCUACAUAUUUAGGCCUAUACUGAAAUUGCUUUUUUUCAAUUGAAAACAUUCUUCUCAACAAAGCGGAUGUUUGACUCAGAUUUGGAGAGGAAACUGUUAUUCUCUACCCAACAAGGUGACUGGAAAUAUGUCACCCUUUUUUGUUUUUCUCACUUGUGAGUCAUUCACAAUGGAACAUUUGCUUUGCUUAGACUGAGUAUUUUAUUCUUCUUACUAAAUACUGUCUUUUUUGCUAGUGUAUAACCCAAUUCAACUGUAAAUUACUUUUGUAGCCAACUAUGUAGCCUAAUUAUGAAUGGAAAUGUGACUUAUCAAUAUAGUGUUGGCUUAGCAAACUGUUCUCACUCUCUGUUUUUGUUUAUGACACAUUGUAGCCUCACGCGAGUCAUGAUCAUGUAGUGAGUUACGCUAUAAUGCUAUAACUAGUAGACUUAAUGGGAUAAUUAUGUGGUCAUGCCAUGGUCUCAGGCCUUAGUGGUUUUUCAGAGAAUCAGCCUGCUACAGACUGACAGCCAGCUGCCUCUGCGCUAAUGUCCCAUAGGAUUUAAUACAGAGUGGCCUUUUAAUUUGAUAAAGCUCCCCUCUCCUCAAGUAAGUAAUUAUCCCAGUGCUUUGUGCGUAAAGGAGGCUUAACCUCUCCUCUGUUGGCUGUAAUGUAGUUAGUCAACUAUCCAACUCAGAACAUGCUCUUCUUAUUGGCUUUAGUAAGCAAUUGGAUUUAGUUGUGCUCAAUGGCUAUAGUAAGCAACUUGGUUCAGUCUGCAUUGUUCGGUUUAGAUUCAACGUUUUCUUGAUUUAAUCUAUACUGAACAAACAUUUACUGAGUUACAGUUCAUAUGAGGAAAUCAGUCAAUUGAAAUGAAUGAAUUAGACCCUAAUCUAUGGAUUUCACAUGACUGGGAAUACAGAUAUGCAUCUGUUGGUCACAGAUACCUUUAAAAAAAAAUGGGCCUCACAAUGGGCCUCAGGAUGUCGUCACAAUAUUUUUGUGUAUUCAAAUUGCCAUCAAUAAAAUGCAAUUGUGUUGUCUUUAGUUUAUGCCUGCCCAUGCCAUAACCCCACCGCCACAAUAGGGCACUCUGUUCACAACGUUGACAUCAGCAAACCGAUCACCCACACGACGCCAUACACAUGGUCUGCGGUUGUGAGGCCGGUUGGACGUACUGCCAAAUUCUCUAAAACAAUGUUGGAGGCGGCUUGCACGCUCCAUCAAAACUUGAGACAUCUGUUGCAUUGUGUUGUGUGACAAAAUUGCACAUUUUAGAAUGGACUUUUGUCCCCAGCACAAGGUGCACCUGUGUAAUGAUCAUGCCGUUUAAUCAACUUCUUCAUAUGCCACACCUGUCAGGUGGAUGGAUUAUCUUGGCAAAGGAUAAAUGCUCACUAACAGGGGUGUAAACAAAUUUGUGCACAACAUUUGAGAGAAAUAAGCUUUUUGUGCGUAUGGAGCAUUUCUGGGAUCUUUUUAUAUCAGCUUAUGAAACAUGGGACCAACACUUUACAUGUUGCGUUUUAUAUUUUUGUUCAGUGUAUAAUCACAAUGACAAUCGUAGACAGCCUAUUUUAUGUUAGGUGAGUCUAUUCUCUGCUGCUUCACUUUGCCUAACCUUUCCUUUAUGUUGUGUUCUAUAAAGUCGAAAUAGAAUGUAAGUUGUAUGUUGGUUCAGUAUAACUGAGGAAUCUCCUACACUUCUCCUGUAUUAGGCUAUUUAGUACAUGUGGGUUGUUGUGAGUGGUUCUGCCCCGUCUUGUUUACUAUCUGAAUUAUUCAUCCAUAGCUCUUAAAAAAGACUGUAAUCUAUUAAAUAUACAAGCAAAAUCUAUAAAUAAAAGUAAUAUAAAUGUUUAAUUUGCUGCUCUCAUUCCCGCAUUUUCUAAGCCGAGGUGCUCUCAGCUGCAAGUCAUUUGGGAAAGGCAAAAUCAGCACAACACUCAGUUUUCACCCAGUUAGGUUUAGAAGAUUUAAUUAAUUAAAGCUACAAUUCAUGUGAUGGUCUUUAAUUGCACUGUGGUUAGUGGGUAGUCUACAUAACAAUACUGUCAUGUACUGAAAAAUGGGCUAACGUAACAGUUAGCUGUUUCCAAAGCUAGGCCUACGUGCUGUUGUUCCACUAUACUAUCUCCAGGGCUGUUUUUAUUGCCGACGUAGGGGAGGCUUACCUUAAUCAGUUAUGGAACAUUAAAUGAUGUGUGCACGUCCCAAUCACACACCUCCUUUUAAAUAUGUCUAAUCCCAACCUUUACCACACACACACUUCAAUGCAGUAGCAUUUAACCGAGACAUAAUCUGGAACACAUUUGAACAUGUUUGUUUCUGCAGUAAUAAAUGACUGCAAAAUCCUCUUUCAUUAAUCUGGAGGGAGAUCGACAUGAUCUGACUGGGGAGUGGGGACCUCUGGUGCUUUUCUGCCAAAUCCCUGCCCUGCACUGUGGGAUUAGGGCCACCGGGGGCAGCAGGGUUUCAUGGGAGCUGGGAGAGUGACCUGCUGAGGAAGAGGGGAAGUGGGACAGGGGGCUCUUGCUUGAAAGUGUUGAACCCUUAUGCGCAUCCAGAUAAUAAUGUCAUUAAUGUCAUGGGCAUGUGUCUUGUGCAAUUGACAAUAUCAAGUGUGAAUGACUUGAAUGACAUUUUUCGAAUAUGACUGACUGCCCUCAUUUGUGUGUUUGUGGUGAAGGUGGUGUUCCAUGACGUGGGGGUCCUGACCCAGAAGCUCUUCCCCAUUGUGGAGGCCAUGCAGAAGCACUUCAGCGCCGGCUCCGGGGCCUACUACAGCGACGCCAUCUUCUUCCUGUCCGUGGCCAUGCACCACAUCAUGCCCACAGGUAAGGGUUGCUUUAGUUACAAAGACAAAUCUGAAUGUUUAACUUUUUCAUAGGUAUUUACAGUAUGUCCAACUCCACAGUUGAUACCAUCAGAAGAAGAUGUCUUGGCAGAUAACAUGUUUUUGACCAUGACUGUUUAAAACUAUGAAGUUCUGUUUCACACACUAUAUUAAUUGGUUGUUGGGUGUUUUUUGCUCCCACACUCUGUAUCAGAUGUUUACUGCAAUAUUUAUUUAUUUAUUUUUAUUUUUUGGGAUGACUGACAGAAAGUGCCCCAAAGUAUAUCCCAAGGUGACCAGCUCAAUCUGAAGUUAUGUGCUUGGUGGAUGACUAAUCUAGCCCGGGUGCCAGUCUGUUCCAGUCAGUCUCUUAUGGAAUGCUCAUGCAAAACAGGUUGUCCUGACAAUGGAGUAGGCAAAAGCACAAACAGAUCUGGGAACAGACUAUGACUAAUCUGCGUUAAUGUAUUCUAACGGAGUCCGAGUCCCAGAAGGCUGUGUGGAGUAGACAGCUAGCCUCUAAAUAACACCUUCCUGUCUGUCUGUCUGUCUCUGCACGGUUGCUUAUUUCCUCAACCGGUCUCUCUCUCUAACCCUCAGUGAGCCAUGACUAGUGAGUGGGCACUGAUAGGGCUCUCAAUGGGAGACUGAGGAGUGUUUUGCAAACACUCUUACUCUCUUUCUCUCUCACACAUGCAUACUCUUUCAUGCUCAAAUACACUCAUACAUUCUCUCAUUCACACACAUGCACUCUCUCUCCCUCUUACAUAAACAUAGCCUACACUGUUUUUUACACACUUAAAAUUCAGUCAAAUGUAUACACUCGUUUAUUCUGUGUCGCCUCACAGGGUGCUUGGGGAGAGGCAGGAGGGGGGAACUGAGGGUAUGUGUGUUGAGGGUAGGGGUGCACACAGCUGGAUAAAGGCGUCCGCAAACUGCACCAAACAUGUUAGUUACAGUGGGGAGAACAAGUAUUUGAUACACUGCCGAUUUUUGCAGGUUUUCCUACUUACAAAGCGUGUAGAGGUCUGUAAAUUUUAUCAUAGGUACACUUCAACUGUGAGAGACGGAAUCUAAAGCACACUUGUUCGGUUUGCCUAGCCGAAGCAUGCGGAAGCUUUAAGGUAGACUGGCAGGGGCCUGAAGGACACAUGGCAUGGAACGCUCUCCCAGGGAGGGAAGUGUUCUGUUCGAUUGUCGCAGGACGCUUCAGCGUCCCUCAGUGUGAAUGGAUGAUGGCAGUCCCCUCUGGUUGAGCGCUUUUAACGCCCUGCUGGAAGGACAGCAUGGGGCUCAGCCAGUAGCCGGGCUUUUGGGGCCAAAUUAGGGCUGGGCAAUAUGGCCAAAAUAUCAUAUCACUAUAUACAGUGGGGAGAACAAGUAUUUGAUACACUGCCGAUUUUGCAGGUUUUCCUACUUACAAAGCAUGUAGAGGUCUGUAAAUUUUAUCAUAGGUACACUUCAACUAUGAGAGACGGCGUCUAAAACAAAAAUCCAGAAAAUCACAUUGUAUGAUUUCUAAGUAAUUAAUUUGCAUUUUAUUGCAUGACAUAAGUAUUUGAUACAUCAGAAAAGCAGAACUUAAUAUUUGGUACAGAAACCUUUGUUUGCAAUUACAGAGAUCAUACGUUUCCUGUAGGUCUUGACCAGGUUUGCACACACUGCAGCAGGGAUUUUGGCCCACUCCUCCAUACAGACCUUCUCCAGAUCCUUCAGGUUUCGGGGCUGUCGCUGGGCAAUACGGACUUUCAGCUCCCUCCAAAGAUUUUCUAUUGGGUUCAGGUCUGGAGACUGGCUAGGCCACUCCAGGACCUUGAGAUGCUUCUUACGGAGCCACUCCUUAGUUGCCCUGGCUGUGUGUUUCGGGUCGUUGUCAUGCUGGAAGACCCGGCCACGACCCAUCUUCAAUGCUCUUACUGAGGGAAAGAGGUUGUUGGCCAAGAUCUCGCAAUACAUGGCCCCAUCCAUCCUCCCCUCAAUACGGUGCAGUCGUCCUGUCCCCUUUGCAGAAAAGCAUCCCCAAAGAAUGAUGUUUCCACCUCCAUGCUUCACGGUUGGGAUGGUGUUCUUGGGGUUGUACUCAUCCUUCUUCUUCCUCCAAACACGGCGAGUGGAGUUUAGACCAAAAAGCUCUAUUUUUGUCUCAUCAGACCACAUGACCUUCUCCCAUUCCUCCUCUGGAUCAUCCAGAUGGUCAUUGGCAAACUUCAGACGGGCCUGGACAUGCGCUGGCUUGAGCAGGGGAACCUUGCGUGCGCUGCAGGAUUUUAAUCCAUGACGGCGUAGUGUGUUACUAAUGGUUUUCUUUGAGACUGUGGUCCCAGCUCUCUUCAGGUCAUUGACCAGGUCCUGCCGUGUAGUUCUGGGCUGAUCCCUCACCUUCCUCAUGAUCAUUGAUGCCCCACGAGGUGAGAUCUUGCAUGGAGCCCCAGACCGAGGGUGAUUGACCGUCAUCUUGAACUUCUUCCAUUUUCUAAUAAUUGCGCCAACAGUUGUUGCCUUCUCACCAAGCUGCUUGCCUAUUGUCCUGUAGCCCAUCCCAGCCUUGUGCAGGUCUACAAUUUUAUCCCUGAUGUCCUUACACAGCUCUCUGGUCUUGGCCAUUAUGGAGAGGUUGGAGUCUGUUUGAUUGAGUGUGUGGACAGGUGUCUUUUAUACAGGUAACGAGUUCAAACAGGUAAUGAGUGGAGAACAGGAGGGCUUCUUAAAGAAAAACUAACAGGUCUGUGAGAGCCGGAAUUCUUACUGGUUGGUAGGUGAUCAAAUACUUAUGUCAUGCAAUAAAAUGCAAAUGAAUUACUUAAAAAUCAUACAAUGUGAUUUUCUGGAUUUUUGUUUUAGAUUCCGUCUCUCACAGUUGAAGUGUAUGAUAAACAUUACAGACCUCUACAUGCUUUGUAAGUAGGAAAACCUGCAAAAUCGGCAGUGUAUCAAAUACUUGUUCUCCCCACAGUAUAUAUAUAUAUAUAUUUUUUUUAUGGUAUGACCGUAUUUUAUGUUUUUGAAUAAUAAUAAAAGUUAUACAUUUGCUUUAUGAGUUGUGUAUGACCCUAGGGAGGGAACACAUCAAUUGUAAGUGAUUUCAAUGGGGCUUUCUCCAUUGUGAUUUGUUUUAUACCAUUCAAUCAAACUUCAACCAAAAGUUGAUCUCAUUUGAGAUAAUUUCGACACUGCCUUGUAGGGCUGCACGAUAUGGGCAAACAUCUAUUUGACUUGCGAUUUAGAUCGAAACACUUGGGUGAACUGUUGGAAUCGUGGAAAUAUAAUGAUUAAUGAUUAAAAUAUGGUAUACCGCCCUAGACCAAAUCAAUGCUCACUACACAACACCUUUCCCUUGACACACACACACGCACAGUGGCCCUACUAUGAAUCACUUUCAUAAAACAAGAGGGGGCUUUGGAACAAUAGUUUGUUGUGUUCCUUCCUUACAGCAAUAAGGAAGCAUUGGGAGUGGAAGAGUUCAAUAAAUGCUUUUCAAAUCAUGCUUUUCCAACAAGAUGUUACAGUGCAUUCAGAAAGUAUUCAGAGCCCUUGACUUUUUCCACAUUUUGUUAUGUUACAGCCUUAUUCUAAAAUGGAUAAAAAAUUUAAAAAAUCCUCAUCAAUCUACCUACAAUACCCCGUGAUGACAAAGCAAAAACAGGUUAUUUGAAAUUUUAGCAAAUGUACAUUAAAAAAACAAGCCUUAUUUACGUAAGUAUUCAGACCCUUUGCAGACCCUUUUGUUUCCAUUGAUCAUCCUUGAGCUGUUUCUACAACUUGAUUGGAGUCCACCUGUGGUAAAUUCAAUUGAUUGGACAUGAUUUGGAAAGGCACACACCUGUCUAUAUAAGGUCCCACAGUUGACAGUGCGUGUCAGAGAAGAAACCAAGCCAUGAGGUCGAAUGAAUUGUCCGUAGAGCUCAGAGACAGGAUUGGGUCGAGGGACAGAUCUGGGGAAGGGUACCAAAAAAUGUCUGCAGCAUUGAAGGUCCCCAAGAACAUAGUGGCCUCCAUCAUUCAUAAAUGGAAGAAGUUUGGAACCACCAAGACUCUUCCUAGAGCUGGCCGUCCGGCCAACCUGAGCAAUUCGGGGAAGAAGGGCCUUGGUCAGGGAGGUGACCAAGAACCCGAUGGUCGCUCUGACAGAGCUCCAGAGUUCCUCUGUGGAUAUGGGAGGACCUUCCAGAAGGACAACCAUCUCUGCACCACUCCACCAAUCAGGCCUUUAUGGUAGAGUGGCCAGACGGAAGCCACUCCUCUGUAAAAGGCACAUGACAGCCCGCUUGGAGUUUGCCAAAAGGCACCUAAAGGACUCUUAGACCAUGAGAAACAAGAUUCUCUGGUCUGAUGAAACCAAGAUUGAACUCUUUGGCCUGAAUGCCAAGCGUCACGUCUGGAGGAAACCUGGCACCAUCCCUACGGUGAAGCUUGGUGGUGGCAGCAUGAUGCUGUGGGAUGUUUUUCAGCGGCAGGGACUGGGAGGCUUUUCAGUAUCGAGGGAAAGAUGAACGGAGCAAAGUACAGAGAGAUCCUUGAUGAAAACCUGCUCCAGAGCGCUCAGGACCUCAGACUGGGGAGAAGGUUCACCUUCCAACAGUACAACGACCCUAAGCAGACAUCCAAGACAACACAGGAGUGGCUUCAGGACAAGUCUCUGAAUGUCCUUGAGUGGCCUAGCCAGAGCCCGAACUUGAACCCGAUCGAACAUCUCUGGAGAGACCUGAAAAUAGCUGUGCAGCGACGCUCCCCAUCCAACCUGACAGAGCUUGAGAGUAUCUGCAGAGAAGAAUGGGAGAAAUGCCCCAAAUACAGGUGUGCCAAGCUUGUAGUAUCAUACCCAAGAAGACUUUAGGCUAUAAUCGCUACCAAAGGUGUUUCAACAAAGUACUGAGUAAAGGGUCUGAGUACUUAUGUAAAUGUGAUAUUUCAGUUUUACAUUUUUAAUAAUGCUCUUAUCCAGAGCGACUUAGUUAGUGAGUGCAUACAUGUUUUUUUUAUUUUUUUCAUACUGGCCCCCCGUGGGAAUCGAACCCACAACCCUGGCGUUGCAAGCGCCAUGCUCUACCAACUGAGCUACACUGGGCCCAUUAUGGGGUAUUGUGUGUAGAUUGAGGAGGGGGAAAAAACAAUUUAAUCAAUUUUAGAAUAAGGCUGUAACGUAGCAAAAUGUGGAACAAGUCAAGGGGUCUGAAUACUUUCCGAAUGCACUGUAUAAGAUCACGGUCAGUCAGUUAUCCAUUUAAGUCAUAGCGAAACAAGGUUUCAGUGUAAAAAUUACAUAAGGUGCCCUUUAGAAAUGAAUGCACCUGAAGCACAAGCCAGAAUUCCAAGAAAUCCUGAAUUCCUAUUAGAAGAAGCAACAUCCAGGAGAAGAUCUUGAGAUUGACAGACUUCACGGACAUGUGGAUCAGCGCUUUUUUCCAAAACUUUUUUGUCAUGUCUCAAGAACCAGAAGUGUGCCAUUCACACUAGACUGGUUAACAAUGCCUGGGCCUGAAGUGAUGUGAAGAGGCCUGAAGAAAAAGUUAACCGCUCACAUGAAAACACACUCAAAGGAACCGUACAAAGUCAACAGGCUGAGAGGGGAAGGAGUAGGAAUGAAUGCGCUGUGUUCCACUGUCUGAAGUGACUGAGCUUUCAGUUCUGCAAGACCAAUUUACUGAAGAAUCCGAUACAUUUUCCAGAGGACUUUGAACAUGGUUCUUCAGUUCAACAUUGGUGUUUGCCAAGCUGCUUGCCCCUUCAACUAGCAAUUGAAGGCUAACCUGAGGUUGAAUAGAUGUUUUUCUGCCCGUCUAAAUUGCAGAGGUGUGUGUGUGCGUGCACACACACGUGUGGCUUCUUUGGAGAAAGCUGCUCAGAACACAGUAAACAAAGGUUGAUUCAGAGUCACCAAGUAGCUAUUCCUCCGUCGGAGGAACUGUUAUAUCUGCAGGGGGCUGCUGGAGUCUUCACUUGAAGAUGGGCAGUUUGUGUGAAUAUGAUUGUGUGUGUGGACCACUGGACCUUAUAUGAUAUGCACAGUUAAGUGCUAGCUAUAAUUGACACAGAUGUGAGGGGGAAGUGCAUUUGUAUUUUAUUUAUCGUUUUGAUGUUGAUCAUGUGUAUGGAAAUGUUCCAGCUGUUUCGGAAGUAUGUAGCUCUCUAUGGGGCCUAUACAUGAGUUUUGUUAGACUUCCUCCCUCUCUUACCCCAGCCAUACAAACUGUUCAUUACUCCAACCAUACAGAAUGCUUUGCACCCACCUGAGUAGCAGGGCAACCUGGUCAUUUAAGGACACAACAGUUUCAUCAUAAAAUGCUGUCAGUUGUCAAACGUUCAACUCCGAAGGGACUCACAAGUGCGUACAAUGAGGGACUGAACAAAAGCCUAAAAAUAAGUAUCAUACGCAGAACUCGCUCUUCAAAAUAGAAGAGGGGAAGUACACAAUGGAAAUGUUUCUCAGUAUCUUAAUUUAAUGAAUCCCCUGAGAGAUUCAUCCUUUUAUAGAUGAUGUGUUUGCCUGUAAACUCCCAGAGGGUCUCUACAACAUGUCCUGA